AUGGAGCCCCCGCAGCGGGCUUCACGGUGCGUCCGGAACGGGGAGCUGCUCCCCGGCCGCCUCUGGAAGGACUUGGGCGAGCUGCAGAGCAGCGGCGAGGGCGAGACGCGUCGGCAGGCGCUGGGCAAGCAGCUCCUCCGCCCGCAGCCGGAGGACAGGUGCAGGCGGGAGCGGGACGCCGGCGGGCAAGGCGGGGACGGGCUGCCCGCGCUGGAGUCCGCCUACGUCUCCAUCCUGCAGGGGCUGGGUGAGGACCCCGCCAGGGAAGGGCUGCUCCGCACUCCCCGUCGGGCGGCCGAAGCCAUCCAGUUUCUCACCAAAGGCUACCAAGAAACCGUCGGAGAAAUACUCAAUGAAGCGGUUUUUGAUGAGGACCAUGAUGAGAUGGUGAUUGUGAAGGACAUAGAUAUGUUCUCCCUUUGUGAACAUCAUUUGGUACCUUUCUUUGGCAAGGUGCACAUUGGAUACUUACCAAGGAAGAAAGUGGUUGGCUUAAGCAAACUUGCAAGAAUUGUUGAGAUAUUUAGCCGAAGACUUCAAGUCCAGGAGCGACUUACCAAACAGAUUGCCCUGGCAGUGACAGAAGCUCUGCAACCUAUUGGAGUGGCUGUAGUCAUAGAAGCAUCGCACAUGUGCAUGAUCAUGAGGGGAGUUCAGAAAAUGAGCAGCAAAACCAUCACCAGCGCCAUGCUUGGAGUCCUGCGGGAAGAUCCAAAAACCCGGGAGGAAUUUCUCACCUUGAUCAAGAGUUAAGUGGCACUGCUUGUGGCUCUCUGUGGGCUUGGACGCCACACUAAAAACCAAUUGCCAAAACCUAAUUGCCUUAUGUGAGACAGUUUUUCCAGAGCCUGCGUGUGUGGAGGCAGCGGGGGUGGGGGGGGGGAGAGAAAAAGUGACAGGACAAGAAAGAACUGAAUCACAGCUUUAUUCUCACUUCUGGGUAACACCACAAAAUGUUGUUAAACAUUUGCUUGGCGAUGCAAGCACCUAGCUCUGUUAUCCAGAAAAGAAACCAGGCAUUCUUGCUUGGAUAUGUAUGGGAAUUCUCUUUCUGUUCACAAUCCCAAAUAUGGGCAUGAGCAUUUUUAAAUGAUAUGUUUACAAAUACUCAAAUUUGCAAUCUUAUUUGAAAAAUGUGUGUUUUUUAAUACAAGUGUACCUUAAAAUGCACAUGACUUAAAAAAACAACAA